GGGACCUUUAACUUCUGUUGCUUGUAGGAUGUUGCUCGCCUUGCCGUCGCUGUAAAUUCAAGUUUUUCCCCAAUUAAAAGGGUGACGAUUUCUCCGGGAAGGUGCCGAAACGCUUGCCAAAGGUGUCUGAAGCUCGGCAAAUCGGAAAAAAAUCGCCGAUUCGCCGCUGAAACGAAUCAAAUUUGAUGCCGGUUGUGAGGCACCGGAAGGAAGCGUCGCUCAUGUAUUUUUAUUCUUGCUAAGAAAUGUCUACAGAAGCAGGAACUUCUAAUAACAACACAGUGGAAGACAAUUUGGAGUCUAGCCAGACCAGUGCCACUUCUUCACCUGCCUCAACUCCUCGCUGCAACCCUAAAAUGUCCAAAGCACUUAGCACCUCAGCAAAAAGGAUUCAGAAGGAACUGGCUGAGAUUACUUUGGAUCCUCCACCAAACUGCUCAGCUGGGCCAAAAGGUGAUAAUUUGUAUGAGUGGGUCUCAACAAUUUUGGGACCGCCAGGCUCUGUCUACGAAGGAGGCGUUUUUUUCCUCGACAUCCACUUUACUCCUGAUUACCCCUUCAAACCACCUAAAGUUACUUUUCGCACACGAAUUUACCAUUGCAACAUCAACAGUCAAGGAGUGAUAUGUCUUGACAUUCUAAAGGACAACUGGUCACCUGCCCUCACCAUAUCAAAAGUGCUUCUCUCAAUAUGCUCACUGUUGACUGAUUGCAAUCCAGCUGAUCCUCUUGUGGGAAGCAUUGCCACACAACUACUGCAGAACAGGGAAGAACACGACCGAAUCGCUCGACUGUGGACCAAGAGGUACGCGACGUAAAUCAACACCCGCCCACCUUCCAAGCCCGUCAUCACAUAAAUCUGUCGUUACUUUGUGUAAACCCUUUCCACCUUCUCUACCCUCUGGAAGAAAGAGCAAGAAGGAAUUCGUAAGUUUUCUUGUGAAAAUAAGCAAAGAUUCACUCACCUCCAUCCCUCCAAUUAUUUGAACAAUUGUUUCUGGUUGUGUCUUAAAGAGACGUCGCGGAUUGAAUGAAGUGUCAGUUGUUUUGAGUUCUCUCCAUGCUUCCACCUCCACCAGUUCUAUUUUCUAGAUUAGUGGUGUGUUCCUACAGUCAAUGCGGUGAUUGAAUUAUGAUUGCAGAAGACAACAAGGACUGUAUAAAAAUUAAUUGAAUGAUUUUAAAACUGUGUUUAAUCGUAAGUUCAUUUACUGUGGCUGUUUCUCUUUGUUUUUUGCCGUAGUCCGAGUGGGACGAAACAGGCCCAGCCGCAAAUACGAGAACUGGAAAGCUUAAAAUUGUAAUGCGUGGCAUUUAUUUUCAUUUUUGUACUCGCGUAUGUAAUUAUAAUUGCACGAGAAGAAAGCAGUGUUUGUUAACAGGACGGACAAUUUGAUAGGUGCAUAUAAGCGAGAGGAGAAUAUAUUAUAAUUAUAUGUGGCUACGUUGUAAAUUUUGCUUAUAAAAUAAACAGGAGAAUAAAAUAAGUGAUGUAAAACUAA